CUGAAUGGGCAAGUAGAGCCUUUUUUAUGUAUGGUGGGGAACCACACUAUGCAGUUUUUCCAGUUGGAGAUGCUCCUUUAAGUCCUGUUGAAUCACAAAUAUCAUUUGGUCGACCCAGCAGUCCCUUGCCUCCAGUGUGGGCUAGCACACCACAAAAUCAGCAGCGCUUACCAGGAACUUUAGUCCAGCCUCAAUUUUCAAGUAUUUAUAGUCCUGUCAAACCAGCAGUGAGUGCUAUUCCACAGCCUCAAACACCUACCAGCAAUAUAUUGUCUCAACAGCUGUCUGCUACUGGCGUUACAACUUCUACAUCUGACAUAAUUUAUUCUGGAAAGCACAAUGGCCUGUAUUUGUAUUUCUCCAGAAUAAUUAGGCCUUUAUGGAACAAAAAGGUUGUUUCUGAGACCUCUGGCAUGUUUGAAGACAUUAAAAUUAACUUUCUGGUUAGUAAUGUUACUUCGGAGGAAUUGUCUGUAUUUCUGCAGUAUCUUUUAUCUUUAAAACAAUUUCUUCAAAAUAACAGUCAAGCAUUUUUGAAUCCGUCGCUUACAAGUUUAACUAAAAAUAUUGGAAGUUCAAGAUUGCUUUCAAAAAGUGUUCAGAAUUCUCCUGCUGAUCCUUCUUCAGUUUCCCAGUACCAAAUGAAAACUAAUAAGGAUGCAGAAUUGCAAGAAAGAGUAUCUUUGACUAACUUUCAGCAGCUUGUUAAUUAUACUUAUGAAAUGUUAGCUCUCUGGAAAGUACUCUGUGAUCACAAUUUUCAAACAAUUGUUAGUUUCUUACCUCAGGAGCAGCAGGAUUUGAUGAAGCUCUUGACUUUCAAAGAUUUUAUCAUUGAUGGAAAAGAGCUGUCUGCUGGUUUAACCAAUGCUUUAAUAAACUUAUACCUAGAAGAUAAUGCUAGCACUGGUACAAUCAGUCAGCGUCUUAGAGAACUCUGUCCUUCAAUAUACCGUAUCGAAGAUGCUACAGUCUCAAAGGCACAUGAAAUAGUAUUAAAUGCAAAGAAUAUUAUAAAUAAAGCUGAAAAAGAGCAACAAUUGAUGGAAGCCUUAAAACUUUGCAAAUCAAUAACUCCAAAUAUUGAUCUUGGUCUGAUGUGUGGACUUUUCCGUAGUGCUGGAUUUUACCAUGGCAUUGUUGAUCUAUGUCUCUGCUGUGCUCAGCGUCGUGAUCCGCAAGGCUUAGCUUUACAUUAUUAUAAAAAUGGUGAACCUCAGGAUGAUCAGCAAGGAAUGCAGGCCUUUAUUAAUCGAAUGAAAUGCUACAAACAUGUGAUUGAUGCAAUAAAUGAUCUCAUGUCCCAGAGUAUGUCUCAUCCCCAGUCACCAAGCAUUCCUAAAGUUCCUGGUCCACCACCUUCUAGGGAUCCAAAUCUUUUAGCGCCAGAAGAAGCUAAAGUUUAUUCAGAGCAAAUAUUUGAAAUGGCUUUAAAAACUGAUGAUGAGUUAUUUCACGUGGCUCUGUAUGAUUGGUUAAUUGAAAAUAAUCAGACAGAUACUCUUCUCUUUAUAAAAUCACAUUUCUUGGAGGAUUAUUUAAAAAGGUGCACUACUCUUCGCCCUGACAAUUCAUAUGUCUUAGAUUUAUUGUGGAAGUACUAUGAAAAGAACCAAAAUUUUUCUGCUGCUGCCAGAGUUUUAUCAAAAUUAGCAGAUAAGCAUGGAGUUGAUAUGAACUUAGCUCAACGAAUAGAAUACCUUUCAAGAGCAAUUAUGUGUGUUAAAGGUUCAGAAAUGAGAAUUUCCACAAGUGGUGAGGGAGAAUUCUUGCAUGAACUAGAAGAAAAAAUGGAGGUUGCUCGUAUUCAGCUUCAGAUACUGGAAACACUGCAACAGAAAAAGUUAACAUUGCAACAGAAAAGGAUAGCAGGUGUCCAAGGCAGUAAUAUUGAUGAUGCUAUAAAUAGGCUUAAUUCUAAUUUCCAAGAUAUCCAGCAGCUAUAUGAGGAAUUUGCUGUGCCAUUCAAUCUUCCUGAAAGCCAGUUGGCUAUUGUUCAUUGUGGUGGACUGUAUGAUCCUGCUCUCAUUGAAUCGUUAUGGCAGAGUAUUAUUGAAAAAGAACUCAUAGCCACCAUUGGGAACCUCCCAGAUACCCGAGUUAAAAUAUUGCAGCAGAAGUUAGUUAAUAUUAGCCAAGCCUACAUUUCUUCAGAGAAAUAUUUCCCUUUAGCUUUUAUCAUUAAGUUCUUGGAGUUUAAAACAUGUACUCUGAAUUUUGACCCAGCUUGGGUUUUUGAAGCCAUGCUUUGUGUAGGUGUGUCCAUAGUUGAACUUCUCAAAAUUUACCAUAAACUUUAUUGUGCUAAAGAUUCUUGCUGGACUACUUGUGGCAAGCCUCUGCAUUUGCUAUUUGUUUUAGUGUUACUUAUCGGACACUUUGCUGAUUCACCAUCAAUUGUGCCACUAAAUGAAAGGAGGUCAUUCACUACAUUUUGCUUAGAUGUGAUAUCUGGAUACCUUGUUGAUCUGCAAGCAAUGGACUCUUCCAAUCCUAAUGUUCCUACUCUUAUGAAAAAUUUCAGAUCAGUUCAACGGAAGCUUGAGAGACUGCCUUGACACAUUAUUACAUAAUGAAAAUAAAUGUUUAUACUGUAAUGAAAUUCCAAAUGGCACUUUUGAAGAAUUUGUUGGUUGUCUCUUCUGAACAUUUGUUUUAUAUAAAAAAUGAGGAAUUAUGGUUAAUAAACAUAUGUUUGCUGCUGUAAAGUAAAAUUUUACAUGGAAAUUUAAUUCUCUUUUCUUUUAAUUUAUUGCCAUCAGAAAUUUGAUCAGGUUGAUCGAGAUCAGUAUUUUACCUUUUAAGAGUUAAAAUAUGAUUUUAUCUUAGUUUUAAUUUUUUUCAUUCCCCUAUAACUGAGUUCAAUAUUUUAGACUUUUCCCUCUAGUAUACUUUCUGUGAAUGUAAAAUCCAAUGUUGUUAGCUUUUUUUUUUUUUUUUUUUUUUUUUUUUUUGAAAAAAAUAAUAUAUAUUUUCAAAGAAUAUUAGUAAUCUCUUAUCUGAAGUAAUUAAAGAUAAGUAAGAAUGUGCAAUCUGAAAAUAAUUUUGUGAUUAAAAGAAAAUUGUCUCUCUUUUCUCAAUAAUUUCCUUUAAAGUUAGCACUCAUUUUAAUUAAAAGCCUAAAAACUAACCUUUUUUAUUUGGAUAACUUGUUAACUUAAAUGCAUUUUGUAAUGCAUAAAUAUUUGUCUUAUUUUGCUGUAAUUUUUAUCCAUUAAUAUUUGUAAAUGCUUAUUGUAAUAAUCAUUUUCAUAUCAAGACCUGUAUAAAUACUAACUGAUAUAAAUGAAAUUUCAUACCAGUACUUCACAUUUUAAUCAACAGUAGUUCAUAUUUGUUUCUGAUGUAGUCUUAUAAUUUAUGGAAGGUCAGGCUAAAUGAUCAUGUAAUGAUCUUCAAUUUAAAAAUAAUUGAUAUUGUAUCUUUUGGAUGUGCAUAAUUUUUUAUAUGUUGCAUUCUUUUGUACUUCUUUGUGCUGAACCUAACAAAUAAAAUCUUCUUACAUUUUUGUAAUACA